AAAAACAGAAAGUAAGAAGAUUGAAGAUAAGAGAUACCAGUACUAACUAAAACUAGAACAUGCGCCAAAGUUGAACCGUGAAAGGUGUGAACUAGCGCCAUGUCUGGCAUUACCACCACCACCGUCCCCGUUAAACUCAAACUCUCCGAUACCAGAAUCUCACCUCUCUUCUCUUCCUCUAUACCUCAUUCCCUCAGUUUCCACUAUUCUCCCUCCCACGCAACCGUCCGUUACGGUCUUACCCUCCGCACUUCCGCCUACGGUAACUUCAGAAGACAACCGCCUAACAAAGACCCCGACGAGGAUGAACAGGCUCUUGACCUCUCCAAAAUUAGGUCGAAUACCGUUAGGCUUAUUGAUCAGAAUCAGAAUAUGGUUGGAGUUGUGUCUCUUGAUCAGGCAAUUCGAACGGCUGAAGAUGCCGAACUCGACUUGGUAAUAGUAUCCGCGGCGGCAGAUCCUCCUGUUGUUAAAAUAAUGGAUUACAGUAAAUAUAGAUAUGAAAUGCAGAAGAAGAAAAGAGAUCAGCAGAAGAAAAGUGCUGCUGGUCGGAUGGAUUUGAAGGAGCUCAAAAUGGGAUACAACAUAGAUCAACAUGAUUAUUCUGUACGUAUGAAAGCUGCACGGAAAUUUUUGGCCGAUGGUGACAAGGUUAAGAUCAUAGUAAACCUUAAAGGGCGUGAAAAAGAAUUCAGGAAUAAUGCUAUUGAGCUUAUUAAACGUUUUCAGAACGAUAUUGGGAAGCUUGCAACAGAGGAGGCCAAAAACUUCCGUGACAGGAACAUCUUCAUACUUUUGGCUCCAAAUAAAGCUGAAGUGCAGAAACCUCAAGAAACACCAAAUAAAGCAGCGGAAAAUGAAGUAUCUGUCGGUGUCGAAGCAUAAUUGAAAAAAAAUUCCACGGGGGAUUCUAGUUGUAGAAGGAUGGAUUGUGAGUAACUGAUAUUGCUCUGUUUUGAAAUUUUUUAUUGUUGUACGUAUAGCAUGCAUAUAAUUCAUGUGAUAAUAGUAUAUAGUUCAUUAGAAGUUUAAUUAUA